AUGUGCAAUUUGUUUUGGCUUUCGGCCUGUUUUUUGGCUGUCUGUCUGCCCUUCGCCCUCGGAGAUGCCUCUGUUAAUGCCACCAAUAUAAGCCAGACAGAUUCCAAGGCGGAGCUAGUGCCCGCGGCAGAGAAACUGAUCCGAUAUCGUCGCCAGCCGCCCUACGCUGUAGGCAAGCGGUCCAAGCUGCGCCGCCGGACCAAGGGUCCGCCCAAGAUCAAGUACGGACCACCGCCUCCGUCUCAGCAUUUUCGGUAUGCAAAGCCCUCGUUUCCGGCACACUUGGAGGAGCCCAGCUUCUCCCUCGAUGACUUCCAGCACUUGAAGUUCGAUGGGGCGGACUUUAAGAUUCCAACUUCGAGCUACGAGGCCCAGUCCAUGGAUUUGGACUUUUAUAACCAUGACACAGAGUCGGAUUUAUAUGGAGCUCACAAGUUUCCCAGCCUGGACUUUGGCCUGGUGACCACACACAAUGAUCACGUGCCGCACCAGAAGUAUGGACUACCGCCGAUUCAUCAGAGCUUCCAGCCGGAUCACUCGUUCGCCUCGCACUACGAGCCACCACCGCCACCAGCUCCGGCUCCGGCUCAUCCGCCAGCCACGCGUUAUGGAGUGCCCACGGCUCCGGUACCGGUGCCCAGCUUUAAGCACCAGGAUCUGCCGCCACCCGAUUCCUAUUCCAUUUACGAGCAGAAAAUACCGAAUGUAAAAUAUCAUCAGAACUUUGCAGAGCCACCGAAGCAUGGCUCCAAGCAUAAUCCCAACUUUGAGAUUGCCUACUCUCCGCCUGCAUUUGAGAUAAGUACAUCCUAUCAGUCGAAUCACCAGCAGAGCUAUGCGCCACCACAUCCAGGCGAAGAUGUACACAAGGGCAGCUUCGCUGAGCCACCGUCCACGAACUAUGUGAAGCCCCCUUCCCAGCAUCCUCCAGCUAACAAUUAUGCGCCACCUCAGCAUCCUCCAGAUAACAAUUAUGCGCCACCUCAGCAUCCUCCUUCUGGUGGUUACGAUCAGCACCCUCAGCACCCUUCUCCCAGCUAUGAUCAACCUCCACAGCAUCCACCAUCCAAUAGCUAUGAUCCUCCACCCAAUAACUAUGCACCUCCCCAGCAUCCUCCAUCCUCAAGCUAUGAUCAACCACCCCAGCAUCCUCCUUCGUCAAGCUACGAUCUAUCUCCUCAGCAUCCUCCUUCUCCCAGUUACGAUCUAUCUCCUCAGCAUCCACCUGCCACCUAUGAUGGAUCACCACACAUUCCACCUUCAUCCAGCUAUGAUUCAUCACCGCAUCAUCCUCCCUCGAAUUAUGCUCCUCCUGAAUCCCAGCCCUAUCCUAUCGAAACUUAUCCCCAGGAUGAUUAUGCACCGCCCUCGCAGGAGCUGCCUCUGAAUCCGCACCACAAGUUCCCCAGCUUUGAUUUUCCCAAAUCCAGUUACGAAGUGCCCAUUUACGAUCCCAUUCCGUUUGAGGCAUCCAACAGGGACGAACAGGAAUCGUAUCCACCCAUCCUGACCUUGUCAUCCGAUCAUAAUAACGAGAUAACUUCGGAUGCCCAUGCCGCGGGCAGUUCCAAGAGGAGGAAGAGAAAGCGUAAGCCCAGUGCCGGAAGAGGAGGAGCAAUUGUGCCAGGGAAGCAUACGCUGGAUGUGCCGGAGCUCCAGCAUGCCUACGAUGCGGACACUCAUGUGGGAGACUCCAAUGAACAAGUAAAUGCGGAUGCAGAUGCCCACGGCUCACAUUAUGUGGAGAGGAAACAGACAUUCAUCAACUUUGUGACGCCCACCACAUCCUCAACGACAACGACGCCGGCGCCCUGGAGUCCCAUGAGGGGCAGGAGUAGUACCAUCAGCACAGGAUUUAUCCCCACAAUUGUGACGAGCACUCAAGCUCCACGCACCACUGUCCGAAGUCGAGGUGGCUCACGCUAUCGCAGCACUCAACCUGUGAGUCCCAGCCUGGAUCCCAUCUCCAGCAGCGUCAAGAUCGAGCAGUCACAAUCGCAGAGCUACUACGACGGCACCAUUGCUCCGCCCACCAGGCAGCAGCAGCAGUUUUCUCGCGGCACGAGACCCACGCGGCCCAGCUACGUGAGGAACCAAAGCCAGAGCCAGAGUCAGGUGUCACCGUUGGCCCUGCAGCCGGCGGAGCACGGUAGAGGCGCACCCACAUCCAAGCGGACCACCAAGGGUGUCUUUGACACAACGCUGUUCAAGAGUCCGCUCACCGAUCGUGAGAUGGAGCGAAAGUUCCAAGGGAUGCGCCAAAACUUGCCAAAAAACCACAAACUAUACUGA